AUGGUCCGCGAUGUGUUUCGCUUAGCUCGUGAAAACGCACCAUCCAUUGUUUUCAUCGAUGAGAUUGAUGCCAUUGGCACGAAGCGCUUCGACUCCCAAACAGGUGCCGACCGCGAAGUCCAGCGCAUCUUGCUGGAGCUCCUGAAUCAAAUGGAUGGUUUCGAUCAGGACACAACCGUGAAGGUCAUCAUGGCCACAAACCGUGCAGACACAUUGGACCCAGCACUACUACGACCGGGCAGAUUGGAUCGAAAGAUCGAGUUCCCGCUGCCCGACAGGCGCCAAAAGCGUUUGAUCUUCCAGACUAUUACGUCCAAGAUGAACCUGAGCGAGGAGGUUGACUUGGAAGAUUAUGUCUCCAGACCCGAGAAAAUCAGCUGUGCUGAUAUUGCAGCGAUCUGCCAGGAGGCAGGUAUGCAGGCUGUUCGGCACAAUCGCUACGUCAUCUUGCCAAAGGACUUUGAAGCUGGUUGGAAGGACCAUGCAAAGAAGAAGGAUCGCGACUUUGACUUCUAUGGCUUCUAG